GAUGCACAGGUGAGGUCUUUAUAAACAGUGAGAGGGCAUAGGAAAACCCAGAAGUGGUUGUUUCCCCCUAAGACAGACAGACUCGUCUCCAGACUCUACAGAACACAGUUGUCUUCUCUCCACGGAUCAAGCCCUAUCAGACUGAGAGACAUGUCCUCCUCCUCUCUCCCGUGGUGCCUGCUGGUGGUGUGUGUUCUGACUGUGGUCCAGAUCUAUGCAGCAGAGGAACCUAUGGUCCUCAAGGUGUUCAACCUCCAUGCCACUGACCUGCAGAGCAGCCUGCUAGGGACCCCUGAUGCCUACGUCGAGGUGUUCAGAGCGCACGGCUUUCUCGGGAGGACAGAGGUGAAGAACAACAACCACGACCCCAGCUGGAAGGAGGAGUUCAGCUUCCUCAACGCCCGUGAGAACAACAUCUUGAGGUUGGAGGUGUACGACAGCGACAUCAACUCCGACGACCUGCUGGGGACCUGCGAGCGCUCCAUCAAGAUCGGAACUUGGCAACAUAAAUGUUUCCUGAAGACAGGCGGGAUCCUGAACUACUCCUACACCCUAGAGCCCCUACAGUAAACCCUACUACUCCUACACACUAGAGCCCCUACAGUAAACCCUGUACUACUCCUACACCCUAGAGCCCCUACAGUAAACCCUGUACUACUCCUACACCCUAGAGCCCCUACAGUAAACCCUGUACUACUCCUACACACUAGAUCCCCUACUGUAGACCCUGUACUAGUCCUACACCCUGGAGCCCCUAGCCUAGAGUAGAGCCCCUCCAUCAACUACUGUAAGCCUACAAUACUCAGCUAGAGUAGCUAGACCUCCUCCUCCAUUGUCUGACCCCUCAUCUGUUACAUGUCUUUCUCAUUCUCCUGAACUGAAUACUAGGCUCCUCUUGUCCUCUCUAGGUUUCUUCCUAGGUUCUGGCCUUUCUAGGGAGUUUUUCCUAGCCACCGUACUUCUACACCUGCAUUGCUUGCUGUUUGGGGUUUUAGGCUGGGUUUCUGUACAUCACUUUGUGACAUCAGCUGAUGUAAGAAGGGCUUUAUGAAUAAAUUUGAUUUGAUUGAA